AUGGAUUCAGUACCUAAGUUGGUAGAAUUCGGUGGCGAAAUCGAAGCCCGAGAGGCCAAGCAAUAUGCAGAGAGCAUACCCACUUGCCACGAUACUCAAGAGGGCGAACAGGAUGCAAAGAGCGUGUCAACAGUGACAAUAAUUGACAGCGAGCCCCAAUCUGGUUUAAAGGAGGCCGAUCAGAGCGCAGUAACAAUUUGUCUUGAGGUCCAAAACGGAGCUGGAGAACAGAGUUCCGACGCAGACCAAAUGGAGGCCAAUCAGAACGGAGUAACAAUUUUACUUGAGGUCCAAACCAAAGUUAGAGAACAGAGUUCCAAGACAGACGAAAUAAUCGCUUGGAUUGAGAAGGCCACCAACGAAGGCACGGAUUAUUAG